AUGCUUUGCGCGAUUGUGCUUGUACUCCACCUUUUGGCCCUGGUGGCUGCGAAAUACCUUGAAAUCAGCAGUGACUUGGGUACAUACUACCUUCAGGCAAGUGACGGACGAUACAUUUUGACUGAUGAUAUUUCGAAGGCUUAUGGGAACUUCACUGUCGACUUUCGAAUCCACGGUGUUGAGGAAUUGGGUGUAGCUCGUGACAACAGGGUGUUGGAUGGAGCAUUCUACAGUCUCGAUGUUACUAAGGCAACUGGCUUCUUCCGCGGUGAGUACCUUAUACUCAGUAAUGAGCAUUUUUCGUGGUACGUGUGCCCAGAUCCGGUGACAGCGUCUGGGGACUGGCUCUUGUACAUCAAGGACGAUCGUUUUAACUACACUGAUUUCAUCAGCUCUACUGAAGACGGUGCCUCAGAGACCGGUUCCAGUGAUAUUAGCAGUUUUACUGAUAUUAGUAGUCAUACUGAUAUUAGCAGUACUACUGAGGAAACGUCUACUGUCGAAAGUUCCAUUGACAAUGGUGGUUUGGGAGAAGAAUCUUCCACCACCGAUGAAUCAACUGAUAUCGUUGUUGGUGGAGAUACCAGCACUGAUCGUUUAGUUGAACCAACUGAUGUUACGAGUCCCGAUGGUGCUCUUCUUUUUACCGAUCCCUUAGAAACCAUAGAGACACCUGCCAUUGAUACGCCCCAACAAGAGCUAGGUGACACCUCAACAGCCAAUGCUGAGCCUCUUCCAGUUGAUGAUACUACCACGGUAGUUGACACUCCUCUAGUUGACAGUUCUACACCAACAGCUGCUGAUGGUGAGGCUGACAAUUCGCCUGCUGAAAUUGUUCUGGCUAUUGAAUCUGCCUUGAGAUUUCUCAGGAACAAGAGGGCCGAGCCUGAUGUAUACUACGCAGUUAACUACGACCAGUGCUAUCCUAUCUCCGUUUUACUCGUGGAUGAGCCUGUUUGUGUCAGUGACGACUGUAGCUCUUCUUCCUGUGCUACUCUGUGUGUCAUGGCAUCGUGCACUGGAAGCCCAUGUUUCCCUGAAAUUUGUACUACGCUGUGUCCUGGCGAUUCUUGCCCAACAGUGUGCUCGAAGACCUUGUGUGCUGACAGUGCUAGUUGUCCAGCCCCAAGUUGCACUACUGAAUGCCCCAAAGGGUGCUUAACUGUUUGUCCUACCCAGAGCUGUUCUAGCGGAGCUUUGCUGUGUCCUCCAGCUUCAUGUACAACGCAAUGUCCUGGAGAAUGUGAUGUGAUCUGUAAUGCUAGCUGCUCGGGCUCCGCCUGCUCCUGUGUUACUUCAUGUGAUUCAGGCUGUUCUGGAACAUCCUGUCCAUGCACCGGACCACUUUGUCCUGGUGGAGGUAAUGAAGGUGGUGGUGAUUGUACUACAUGUGGAGGUGAACCUAAGACAAGGUGCAGUGGAUUGCGUUGUCAAGGUUGUACUACUUGCGACAAGACUGUCACCUUUCCUGGAUGUCCAACAUGUGUUCACACCUUCACUGAUUUUGUCAUCACCUGUCCUUCAGCUACUACUAUCACGAUCUCAACUUGUCCAAAUGUAAAUCAAUGCUCACCUAAGGUUUUGUCAUUGAGUCCAGGAACGCAUACACUCUCCGGAACUGCAGUUGUUGCAGUAAAAUCCAACAUUGUUCUGACUAUCAAGGCCGCGGGAGCUACUGGCACUGCAGGUUCUGGAAGUGGAACCUCUGGCAGUGGAGGCUCUGGAAGCUCUACCAGAAGUUCUACGACAGGCAAUUCUGGAGGUUCCACAAAGGACUUAGUUGGCACCUUCUUUGGAGCAUUGGCUUUCGUGAUCUUGAUGUGGUGA